AUGUCUUCAUCAGCUUUUGGUCCCUCCAAGGCACGUCUCCUUGAGCUCUCUCAGCUCUCCAAGCGCAUUUUCCGUGAAUCCUUUAACCCAGACCAAGUCCGUCGUGGAUCCCGCGUUUUACGUGCACCACUUAAGGGCCCUGUCAUUCAAGACUAUUACAUGCCCAAUAAUUUCCUAAAGUUCAAGUACCUUAAGAAGGAAUUCCCUGAACUUUAUCUUGUUGACGCUAAAGAACAAUAUAGACUUCAUAUUAAUCAGGACCGAAGGAGAAGAGGUAAAGGUGCCCCACAAAAGAAAUCGGAACCUCCUGCAGAAGACAAGUCUGGCAAGAAGAAGAAAUAA